CUUGGAAUGUUUGUUCUGAGAACCGGGCGACAGACUAGCUAUCAUGCAUUUCAGCAGAGAGCGUAUGCGACCAUUGAUACUGUCAAAGAAGGCAAGCGCGUAGCUUCAACAGUAACUCCUCCGUGGUCAAGGCGAUUCGAACUUCAAGACCAUGAUGAGGAUGAUAAUGUCGGCCCCGCCCGGCGUACGGUUUGUAUCCGCACGUCCAGGUUGCUCGCAGGCGGGAUGGUUGACGCGUUCGCUGUCAUUCGUGGGAUGGAGCGUAAAUUUGGGCGGAUACGUGAAUACCGGUUCAUACGGGAUGGAGAAGUGAACUCCGAGUACCAGAUGAUAUGUUGGGCUGCAUUUCAAUCUGAGGACUCAAUGAGCCUCAUUCCAGAGGGGGGUAUCACCAUGAAUGUCAUGGCUGCAACGCAAGAUCCUACUAUCCCUGAAGGGGGCCCGGGGCUUGAACACCUUCAAGGUCUAUUUGACGUGAAGGAUACAGACUCUUCCAGUCCCUCAACAUACUCUCCUGAAGGCCCUUCAACACAUCCGAGAUUAAUUGAACUCAAUGUUCAGCGAGCUGCAAGUGACUUGCGUUUCAAUGGAGACAGCAGACCAUUAAACCUCACGAAGGGUAGAAGGAUUGAAAUCGGACAACGAUUCUACGAGUGGGGAGGUUUCUAUCCUCUAAAGCCUCUUUAUACAUCAUCCCCGUUCGCUUCUCCAUCCGAAGAACCGCCGCCUACUCCAGACCACGAGAAAAUGCGCAUUGCGCUGAACAAGUGGAGUCAAAUACUUGAGCGACCCGACCCUUCGUUUGCACAGAUGGAGGCCACAGCGACAGCGGAAGCAGAUACUCAAAAAGACAUGACAGCGGAUUCGGAACCGCCUAGUGAUUCAUCGACAUCAACGAUGUUGUCUCAGAGGAGUCGAAGGAGGACCAGACGCGAGGUGGAUUCCUGGGUACCACUAUCGACGCCACAACUAACAAAACCGGCCCCGCCACCCCCCGAGGCUAUCACCCUCCGCACAAUGCCCAAGACUUUGCAGCCUUUGACGCCCAAAGUUUCGCGUAAAGAGCGUUUGCUCGAACAGGCUCGUAGCCAAGCUCGCGAACGGGUCCUGCAACAGGUUGCGCUGCGUGCCAGAGAAGCCGAAUUCGCUGACCUCGAAAAUCCAAAUUCAGAGACACUAAGGGAGAGUGUUGAGGCCUUUUUGAAGGACUCUAAAGUCGAUGCAGAUUCGCCAGGCAAUGUGACGGAUGGAUCUGAGUAUGAGGUCAAGCCAAAGGCAGGAGACAAACCGUUGAGCGAGAGCCAGGUCUCUCCUGCGAAGGAAAAGUUGUGGAACUUGGUUGGGAAGUGGUUCUGAUUGAUACUGCCAGUACUAGUAUAGAGCUUUUCUGCAUCCAUUGUUCUUACUUGCCGCACGUGAGUUAUCAAAGGUUAGCAGAUAAGUUAUAUAAGCGGAUAACUCAACCGAAUUCCGUGAUAAGUUUCCGCACUAAGUCGUCAUUCUUCCGGGAGCGAGAC